AGUGUUAUGCUUGCGUACAAUGAACAGGCUGUUUCUUCCGUCGUAGCCUUUGUCUCUCUCCCCCUCCUUCCCUGUUUCACAUAUUUGCAAGCCUUCUCGUGUGCGCCCGACGCCGACGCCGACGCCGACGCCGACGCGGACCGCGUACCUCUCUCUUUCUUUUACCGAAACUUAGUUAAGGGACAAACACAAACAUUAACACACGCACACGAAAACGUUCUUAAUUCUUACUGCAUUUCUCUCCUUUCCCCUUUUUCUUUCUUUUCUGCUGCUGCACCCCAACGAAGCCUGCCGUUGCCACGCUGCGCUUCUCCUCUCUGCGGCCACCACCACAGCAACGAACGACAGAAAUACAUAAAUACCAACAAAAACAGUUAUCGCUUUCACACACACACACACACAUACAUACACCUUUCACGAUGAGUCUCACACCUGUUGAGCGGGCGGCCCACUACGCCACGCGCAGCUCGCGCUUCGCCAAGGCAGGGCCAAAGCACCUCGCUUACUUCAAAAGUGUGUUGGACCAACCAUGCAGCGUCACGCAGCGCAAAGGCAAGAUGCUGACCGAGAAGGCAGCCACGGCGCCGUAUAACAUUGACUGGAUGAGCCAAAUCCAAGGCGACACCCCCGCGGUGCUGCUGCCGACGUGCACGAAGCAGGUGAGUGCGAUUCUGCGCUACUGCCAGGAGGAGAAGUUGGCGGUGGUGCCGCAGGGCGGCAACACCGGUCUCGUGUACGGCGCCGAACCCGUCUUUGACGAACUCGUGCUCAGCACGCAACUGAUGAGUGCUCCACCCGUCGUGUCAAAGGACACGAUGUCGGUGGAGGCGGAGGCGGGUGUGAUUCUGCAGCAGUGUCAGGAGGCCUGUGCGAAGGCUGGGAUGCUGUUCCCGCUCACCAUGGGCUCGAAGGGCAGUGCGAUGAUCGGCGGCACCGUCAGCACCAACGCCGGCGGCAUCCACUUCGCCCGCUACGGCUCGAUGCACGCGAACGUGCUGGGACUGGAGGUAGUAACGGCGAAGGGUGAUGUCUUGAACAUGAUGUCCACCCUCCGCAAAGAUAACGCGGGCUACGACUUAAAGCACCUGUUUAUUGGCAGCGAGGGCACACUCGGCGUAGUGACCCGUUCUGCGAUCCGCCUUUACCAGCAACCCCGCUCGAAGCAAACGGCGAUGUUCCGCCUCAGCAACUUCGAGUCCGUCUUAGCGCUGUAUCACCUGGCGCAGGAGCACUUGGCGGAAUGCUUGUCCGCCUUUGAGGUGAUGGACGGGGAGUCCCUCACGACGAGCCCGGCGAAUCAGGUCCCUUACAAACGCACCGACAAGAAUGACGCAUUCCGUGCCGGCAGUGACUUCACGGCGGCGUACUUCUGCGUGCUGGUGGAGACAAACGGCAGCAGCGAGACACAUGACUUCGAGAAGCUGUCGGAGUUUGUGGAGUCAGCGCAGACUCGCCUCGGCGACCAGCUGAGCGGUGGGGGCGCGUACGAGCCGAUUCUCUCGCAGUCCGCCGCGCAAACGGCUCAGCUGUGGGAGCUGCGCGAAGGCGUGCCGGUGCACCUGGCCAGCAGCGGACGCAUCUACAAGUAUGACGUGUCCUUCCCGAUUGACAAGUUCUACUGCAUCGUCGAGCACACACGCGAGAUUGUAUACAAGAAGCACAAGGUGAACCCGGCAGAGGUGCUUGUGGUCGGCUACGGCCACUUCGGCGACGGCAACGUGCACUUGAAUGUAAUCGACCUGACCCGCUCGCACGCGGCGGAGUUGGACGCAGCGCUCUACCCGGGCGUGUACGAGUUCUGCGCUGCGCACGGCGGCAGCAUUUCUGCCGAGCACGGUGUGGGGAUGCAGAAGCGUGACUACGUGCACCUCUCUCGCACGCCCGAGACGAUACGGCUGAUGCAGGAUGUGAAGCGCAUGAUGGACCCGAACGGCAUUCUCAACCCGUACAAGGUGCUGCCGCUGGACACGUAG